AGUGGCAGUCCCCCCAGGGGGGCUAAGUUUAGGUCGUGAGUGGAUUCAGUGGAGCCUACGGCGACUAUGGUGACUGCAGCCGAUCUCUGAAGGACCCCCGACACACUGAAGACCCUUCGGCAAGGCACAUCGCCCCACGGCGGUUGCCAUGGCGUCAGAGAGCGAGAGCGGGGCCCAGGGUGACAGGCGGUCAUGUGACGCGGAUGGAGACGGAGAGGACGGGGCCAGGGGCGGGGCCGGGGGCGGGGCCAGGGGCGUCAUGGACGUCCAGGCGCACUAUCUCCGCUCACCCUCCCCCAGCAAUUUCUCCACGGUCUCAGACUCCCGGUUCUCCAUGAUCUCGGGCUCCGAUGCGGAGAGCAUCUUCAUGGAGCCCAUCCAUCUCUCUUCCGCCAUCGCCGCCAAACAGAUCAUCAACGAAGAGCUCCCGCCUCGCGGUAUCCGGGCGGAGUCCAUCCCGGAGUCGAUGCUGGAGUCGGCGGAGCAGCUGAUGGUGGAGGACCUGUACAACCGCGUGAGGGACAUGAUAGACGACCGCAGCCCCUACAACACGCCCUGUGUGCUGGACCUCCAAAGGGCCAUGGUGCAGGACCGGCUGGAAGCCCCCAGCAACCUGGUUGACGAGGUGUGGCCCAACGUCUUCAUCGCUGAGAAGUCUGUGGCGGUCAACAAGGCACGGCUGAAGCGCAUGGGCAUCACCCAGAUCCUGAACGCCGCCCACGGUACGGGCGUCUAUACGGGCGCGACUUUUUACGCGGGCAUGGAUAUCGGAUACAUGGGCAUUGAGGUGGACGACUUCCCCGACGCCGACAUCUCGCCGCACUUCCGAACAACAGCCGAGUUCCUGGACGAGGCCCUGCUGACCCAUAAAGGCAAGGUGCUGGUGGUGUCCAUGAUGGGUGCCAGUCGCUCGGCCGUGCUGGUGGCCUCCUACCUCAUGAUCUUCCACCACAUGAGUAUCCUGGAGGCCCUGACCACACUACGCAAGAAGCGAGCCAUCAACCCCAACGAGGGGUUCCUCAAACAGCUCCGUGAACUCAAUGAGACCCUGAUGGAGGAACGCGACGACGAUGACGACACCAUGAGCCAAUGCUCGGUCAUCGACGCUCGGGCCCGUGCUCGCAUCUUCGGCGACGCCCUACCGGACGGCGAUGAAGGUGAAGACACCGACGAGGAGGAGGAGGGGGGGGAGGAGGAGGGGCGGAGCAUGGUUGGCCUGAAGGCGCAUUCCAUCAUGAUGGAAGAGGAGGAGGACGGGGCGAGCAUUGUGAGUAGCGCGGCGAGCAGCCUGGCAUCGAGCGCGUCGGCCGUGAUCCUUCGGAACGGGGUGGUCCGAGCGAGUAACGGAACGGACGCCUGGAGCGCCGCUGAGGUUCCGGAAGGGUUCGUACCUCCCGACGGCGGCGGCCGUGGCGUAGAAGACAGCGAAGACGAGGACGGCGUGAGCAGCAUGGUGCGCGAGUGGCAGCAGAGGAACGAGAAGUACCAGAGCGACGAUUGGUGGGAGGCGGCGUUGAACUGCGACGAGUCCGACCUCGACUCCCUCGCCGGGGGUCCGGCUGCAGACGGGGACCUGGAGAGCGUGGCCCUCAGCGAGGACGUCCGGGCGGUGAAAGCGAGGCUAUUACGACGACCCAAGCGGCCACCCUCCGAUGCUGUGUCGACCUCCAGCUGCACCUCCUACUCAGACCUGUGGAAGCAGAGGUUGCGGGAGAUCGAGGAGCAGGCGGCGGCGCGGUACCGCAAGAGAGACGAGGAAGAGAGCAGUGAGGGCACCGCGACUGACGCUGGCGGGGAUGUCACCGCAGGAGGAGGAGGAGGUGGUGGAGGAGGAGGAGGAGGAGGAGGAGGAGGAGGGAGGAAGAAGAAGAUUGACGACGACGUCCAGAGCCUGAUGUCGGACACCAGCUCCAUGUUCAACUUCUGCCAGAGAAACAAGGAGAAACUGACGCCGCUGGAACGAUGGCGCGUCAAGAGGAUCCAGUUCGGCUGGAACAAGAAGGAAGGGGAGGACGGCGACCGGAGCUCCGUAUCGGGGUCGGGGUCCGGGGUGGGGGAGGUGGGGGAGGGGGAGGCGAGAACGCCGGCCCUGGAGGAUGUGAAUCUGACGGCGUACCAGACGUGGAAGCUGAAACAGCAGCGUCGCCACGGCGAAGAAGACAAGGAUGAGAUCGUUGAGAUGAGCCGCGGCGAGGAUUCGGCGGCAGUGAAACGCCGGCAGAGGCGCGAGGAGAUACUGGAGCGCUCGAGGAAGAACCUGGAGGAGAGCCAAUCCAUGUGCGGCUGGGAGGCGGAGUCUAGCGUCGGCGGGGGUGCGGUACCGCUGUCAGCCUUCUGGGCGACGGGGCCUCAGAGUGUCGCCAACGACGACGCCAUGUCCAUGCUCAGCGGGCGGUCCUCGGUGAUCUCCUCGGUGUCGCAGUCCCGCGGCGCCCGGGUGGGCCCGCCUUCUUCCCUCCACGGCACGCCGGUAGUCCCGCCCAUCCUCCCCGUGCCCACUGUGCCGGGCCCGGGCGGCGAGCCGAUGGUCGACCUGGCCAGCAUCCAGAACUGGAUUGCCAACGUGGUAUCGGAGACCAUCCUGCAGAGGCAGAGCGAGAUGAGCCUGCCGCCGCCGUCGCGUGCGGGGUCGUCCGUUGGCGCCGCCCCCAGUGUGCUCUCCGGGGUCUCCGGCUUCCCCGGGCGCGGCACGGAGGACGAUAAGGCCUCCCUGCUGAGUGGGGCCUCCUCCUACACCCCUAAGUACGCUUUGGGCGGAAACUCUGGUCGGGCGGAGUCGAUCUUCUCCACUGGCGGCGCUUCAGGAAGACUCGCCGGUUCGGGAUCAGUCGCCGGGCUUGGGUCUGCGGCAGGGUCGGGGGCGGGGUCCAGCAUGGCCUCGAGGAGGACCAAAAUCACCACCACCAGCGUGCCGCUCUACAGCCUCUUCCAGGACCAGGUGGACCUCAAGAAGCUCGACUCCAUGGACCAGGAGAUGAAGACGGAGAUGCGCGGCAGGAUGGCAACCUACGAACGCAAGAAGAUCCUGGAGGACAAUAAGAAGAGCACGCUCUACAAGAAGAAGAAGCCCAAGGAGGAGGACGACGAGGAAGACGAGGACGAGCGGAGGAGGAGGUGCAGGGAGGAGGAGUUCCUGGCCGAGGAGAAGAAGAAGAAGGAGAAGAAGCCGGCAAGGAGCUACGGGCUCAGCGGCUGUCUGAACCUGAACCCAGUGCUGGAGCGCGAUAAGAACACGAGCGUGGACGACUGGUUGGAGAGCGUCCGGCCGCCGCAGAAGAAAACCACGGUGGAGGAGGAGGACCCUUACGACGAGUUGGACGCCUCAGCUUCGGAGUUCGACUUCGCCAGGGCGUCCGACGACGAAGAGGAGGAGGCGGGAGGACGACGGUACCGGUCGAGAGCGGGAACCAGGGGCUCGGAGCUGGGGGGCGGGAGUCCGGAGCGGCUCGGCCUCAGGACGGGACGUGCAGAGUUCCCGGGUUCGAGAGCCGGGCGGUCCGACGACGUGGACUCUGGGUCCACGAGGUACCCACGUUACGAGGGCGGCGGCGGCGUUGCAGGUGAGGGGAGGAGUCGGCGAGAGGCGGCGGCGGCGGGCGAAGGCGAUGAAGACGAUGAUGUCAUGGCCUUCCUCGCCCUGACGAGGCAGAGGGCGAAGGCGAGGGCGGCGGCGGAGGUGAUAGACGAUGAGGUGCUGGAGGCCUGGAGGGCCCAGCAGGGGGCCAGGGCGGGCCAGAGUUAGUCCCGACCAAUAACUACGCUGCGGUCUUCCGUGGACAAGGGACUGGAUGUGGCUAAGCGUUUGUGUUUUCACGGCCGUUUUAUGUUUUUAUUAUAUUAUUAAUCAUUUCGUUUGGUAAAGUUUUUUAUUUAUGAGAAACCUACCCUCGGUUUCACUGUCUUGUCACACAUUGUGAAAACCUCGAUCUUUUCAAAGACACAAAGACAAACACACACUACACGCACAAACACACACACACAAACAACAACACACACACAGUGACACACACACACACCAUUUAAUAAAUGUCUUCCUUAUUUAAAUGAGUGUUUAAAUCCCACGCUGUGAUGAAUAACCAACGGUUUUAUAAUCUUUUUGGAUUACAUAACAAUAAAUAAUAGACAGCAAGUGUCCAUAUAUUCACAUAUGUCCAAUAGGUUUUGUUAAAAUUACCGUUGAUUACUGAAAUAAUAUUUAUAAAUAUACAUAUUUUAAAACAUUUCAAUGUAUUGUUUUGUGAUUAACAGCAAAAUAAAUAAACGGUGGAAUUAUGCAAAAUGGAAA